GUCAUUUUAUAUCGCCAUGUAGGAGCUACACAGGUCGUUCUGGUCUCUUUUAAACUCAUUUCUUUCAUGCAUAUUCAUGCACACUGCACAUUUGUGUGUGUUUUUGGGGUCAGUCGGCGGAAGAUGGCGGUCUGGAUGAUGCUGGAGCUGCUCUCUCCGCGGCGGAGGAUCCUUUAUAACCACACACACUGAACUCAAACACAACACAAGUCUCAUCUGGAUUAAUAUUCACUGCUUUUUCCGCUCGGGUAUGGACUGUUGGAGUGUUUUAGCAGGGUACAAGCACCUCAGACGUUUCUGUGGGAGACUUUGCAGGGAGUUUGAUGUUAUUAUUCUGCUAGCCGUGCGGAGCAGCUAGCGGCUUUCUCCUCCACUUUAAAGCCUUAAAAUUGUGCAAAAAUGUCGGAUACGAAGGUAAAAGUGGCGGUUCGAGUCCGACCGAUGAACAGGAGAGAGAUUGAGCUCAGCACAAAAUGUGUGGUUGAGAUGGAGGAAAACCAGACUAUUCUUCACCCACCGCCCUCCAAUGCAAAAGGAGAAAGCAGGAAACAGUCAAAGGUGUUCGCCUUUGACCACUGCUUCUGGUCCAUGGACGAGUCCAACAUCCCGAAGUACGCCGGUCAGGAGGUCGUCUUCAAGUGCCUCGGGGAGGGAAUACUGGAAAACGCCUUUCAAGGAUACAACGCCUGCAUCUUUGCCUACGGACAGACAGGCUCGGGGAAAUCCUUCUCCAUGAUGGGCAACGGAGAGCAGCCGGGCCUGAUCCCCAGACUCUGCUGCUCGCUGUUCGAGAGAGUCUCCAGAGACCAGAACGAGACCCAGUCCUUCAAGGUGGAGGUUUCCUACAUGGAGAUCUACAACGAGAAAGUCCGAGACCUGCUGGAUCCCAAAGGGAGCAGACAGUCUCUGAAGGUCAGGGAGCAUAAAGUCCUGGGUCCGUAUGUGGACGGUCUGUCUCAGCUGGCUGUGAUGAGCUUCGAGGACAUUGAGUCUCUGAUGUCGGAGGGGAAUAAAUCACGCACAGUAGCCGCCACUAACAUGAACGAGGAGAGCAGCCGAUCGCACGCCGUCUUCAGCGUCAUCGUCACGCAGACGCUGUAUGACCUGCAGUCUGGGAAUUCUGGUGAGAAAGUGAGUAAGAUCAGUCUGGUUGAUCUGGCCGGCAGUGAACGCGUGUCUAAGACUGGAGCCGCUGGAGAGAGACUGAAGGAGGGCAGCAACAUCAACAAGUCUCUGACGACGCUGGGCUGUGUGAUCUCGGCUCUCGCUGAUCAGUCUGCAGGAAAAGGCAAGAGCAAGUUUGUGCCGUACAGAGACUCAGUGCUGACGUGGCUGCUGAAGGACAAUCUUGGUGGCAACAGUAAGACGGCCAUGAUUGCCACCAUCAGCCCGGCUGCUGACAAUUACGAGGAGACGCUAUCGACGCUGCGCUACGCCGACCGAGCCAAGAGAAUCGUCAACCACGCCGUGGUGAACGAAGAUCCCAACGCCCGCAUCAUCAGAGAGCUGCGAGAGGAAGUGGAGAAGCUGAAGGUGCAGCUCUCGCAGGCUGAGUCUCUGAAGUCUCCGGAGCUGCAGGAGAAACUCCAGGAGUCUGAGAAACUCAUUCAAGAGAUGACGGUCACCUGGGAGGAGAAACUCAGAAAGACUGAGGAGAUCGCACAGGAUCGUCAGAAGCAGCUGGAGAGCAUGGGAAUCUCUCUGGAGUCGUCAGGGAUCAAGGUCGGAGAGGACAAGUGCUUCCUGGUCAACCUGAACGCCGAUCCGGCUCUUAAUGAACUGCUGGUUUAUUACCUGAAGGAUCACACGCGUGUGGGAGCCGACACGUCUCAGGACAUCCAGCUGUUUGGCAUCGGGAUCCAGUCUGAACACUGUGUGCUGGACGUCACGUCAGACGGAGACGUCACGCUCACGCCGGCCGACAACGCCAGGACGUGUGUGAACGGGACGAUGGUUUACUCCAGGGUCCACCUGUGGCACGGCGAUCGUAUUCUGUGGGGAAACAACCACUUCUUCAGAAUCAAUCUCCCGAAGCGCAAGCGGCGCGAGCGACUGAAGGAGCCGGAGCGUGAAAGCUUGGCCGAGGCCGACCUGGAGACGGCGAGCCAGGCCUCGUCCGAACAGGACUACAGCUACGAGUUCGCACAGAUGGAGGUCAUGAUGAAAGCGCUGGGGAGCAACGACCCGAUGCAGAAGGCGGUGCAGGCGCUGGAGAAGCAGUAUGUGGAGGAGAAGCGUCUGGCGCUGGAGGAGCAGCGGCUGAUGUACGAGCGCGAGCUCCAGUCUCUGCGGCAGCAGCUCUCUCCGGAGAAAGCGUCUCAGCAUCAGCGCUGCAGCAGCUUCCCCACAAACACCGCACACAACAAACUGCGCCUGUGGAGCGACGAGAGGUCAGAACACACACACCAGCGCUGAAUUAUGAUCGGCUCUUUGAAGCCUGUUUACCUCAGCUUCCCCACAAACACCGCACACAACAAACUGCGCCUGUGGAGCGACGAGAGGGACGAGCUCUUCCGUCAGAGUCUGUCUCGGCUGCGUGAGCAGGUGAUCCGAGCGAACGCUCUGGUGCGAGAGGCUAACUUUCUCUCCGAGGAGAUGCACAAACUCACCGACUAUCAGGUCACGCUGCAGAUCCCGGCCGCCAACCUCAGCGCAAACCGCAAGCGUGGCGCUAUAGUCAGUGAACCGGCCAUCCAGGUGCGGCGCAAAAGGAAGGGAACGCAGGUGUGGACCAUCGAGAAACUAGAGAACAAACUAGUGGACAUGAGAGACCAUUACAGAGACUGGAGGGAAGGAACACAGGAAGUGGUGACCCGUCUGCACAGUAAGGCGGGCGAUCCGUUCUACGAAGCGCAGGAGAAUCACAAUCUCAUCGGCGUGGCAAACGUCUUCCUGGAGUGUCUGUUUCAUGACGUGAAGCUGCAGUACGCCGUUCCCAUCAUCAGCCAGCAGGGGGAGGUGGCAGGUCGUCUGCAGGUGGAGCUGCUGCGUGUGAGCGGCGUCGUUCCCGAGCGUUUGGCCGGAGGAGACGAUUCCUCCGAGAACUCCAGCGAGAGCAGCGGAUAUGAGGUCAUGGACAACAACGGAGAGAUCGUCCACAUGUCCAGAAAGCUCACCUGCAGGGUGCGGAUCAGAGAGGCGUCUGGUCUUCCUCUCAACCUCUCCAACUUCGUCUUCUGUCAAUACUCCUUCUGGGAACAAUCAGAGCCUGCUGUGGCUCCGCCCAUUGUCAGUCCAGACACGCCCCCCUCACAGACGGCCGACGCCCACUUCACUGUGCGCUUUGACCACUGCAAGGAUUUCGUGGUGCAUGUGACGGAGGAGUUUCUGGAGUUUAUCUCAGACGGCGCUCUGGCCAUCGAGGUCUGGGGUCACCGGUACGCUGGGAACGGCCGGUCCAUGCGGGAGCUGGACGCACUGCAGGCCAAGAGACGGACGCUCAGAGACAGGUGGAGUGAAGUGUCUCGUCAGAUCGAGCUGUGGGUCUCCAUACAGGAGUUGAACGAGCAGGGCGAGUAUUCGUCUGUAGAGCUUCAUCUCAGCAGAGACGUCAGCACUGGAGGAGUGUUUCAGCUGCGCCAGGGUCACUCGCGGAGGCUGCAGGUGAGUGUCCGGCCGGUCCAGCACUCGGGGACGCUUCCGCUGCUGGUGGAGGCCGUUCUCUCCGUCUCCAUCGGCUGCGUUUCUGCUCGAUCCACCAAACUACAGAGACCUCUGGACAGCUAUCAGCAGAGGGAGGAAGACGCCGAUAUGGAUAGUUAUCAGGAGGAGGAUCUGAACUGCGUCCGGGAGCGCUGGUCUGAUGCUCUCAUCAAGCGCAGGGAGUAUCUGGAGGAGCAGAUCAAGAAGAUCAUCAAUAAGUCAGAGAAGUCCGAGGAGGACGUGGAGCGAGAGGCCCGGCUGGUGGAGCAGUGGGUCGGUCUGACGGAGGAGAGGAACGCCGUGCUGGUUCCGGCCCCUGGCAGCGGGAUCCCGGGGGCCCCGGCGCACUGGGUUCCCCCUGCUGGCAUGGAGGCUCACAUUCCUGUGCUGUUCCUGGAUCUGAAUGCUGAUAACCUGACGGUGAACGAUCAACUGACACCUCAUGCCGCCGGCGUCAACUCAAUCCUUCCCAAAGAGCACGGCAGCCCGUUCUUCUACCUGCCCAUCAUCAGACACAGCCAUGACGAGGUGUCGGCUGUGUGUUCCUGGGAUUCCUCCAUCCACGACUCCAUCCAUCUGAACCGGAUCACGGCGCCCAGCGAGCGGAUUUACCUGAUCGUGAAAGCCACGGUUCAGCUCAGUCACCCAGCGUCUGUGGAGCUCGUGCUGCGCAAGAGGAUCGCUGUCAACAUCUACAACAAACAGAGUUUCACUCAGAGCCUGAAGAGACGGAUGUCUUUGAAGAACGUUCUGUACUCCUGUGGAGUGACGUAUGAGAUCGUGUCCAACAUACCAAAGGCAUCUGAGGAGCCAGAGGAGCGCGAGACUCUGGCCUUGAUGGCGGCGCGAGGAGAGAGCGAGGAGACACUCGAUGGAGAGACAUACAUAGAGAAAUACACCAGAGGAGUGCUGGAGGUGGACAAUAUUCUGUGUCUGGAGAGACUGCGGCAGGCUGUGACGGUGAAGGAAGCUCUCUCCGCUAAAGGCAGACAUAUACGUCGCAGUCUCAGCACGCCCAACGUCCAGCACAGCUCUUGUUGUAAAUUGGAGGGGCCCGGAUGUGAGGAUGAGGACGUGAAGACUCACUGCGACGGUAACACAGACGUCACCGAAUCCAACUUACAUGAAGCUUCACUCAACAGUCCUCUGUCAAAAGACACGCCUGUCAAAAACAAAGAGAAUCACGGAUCGGUACCAGAGAGUCCAACAUUCUUCAACUCCAGUCCUUUUAAGGUGCUGUCUCCUCAACCGCCCAAGUUCCUCAAAUCUCUCUUGCCAGUGAAGGAGGAGAACAAAGUCAAGCGUUCUCUGGAGUCACGGCCUCUGCUGGGACAGGAGAGCAUGCGUUGGUUUGCGGACCCCGGCGGCCCCUGGUCCAGACCCAGGGCUCAGAGCGAGGGCCGCAGUGACAUCAUCAGCAGCUCGGCCAAUCACAGACAGCCCAGACUGAGCACUGAUCUCACUCACACACGGCCGCACGCUGCUGAUUCAGAGGAGGAGGAUCCUGACAUGGAUUCAGCCUUCACCCGUUCCAACGAUCCAGGCCUCGGGUCUCUGGAGCUCCAAAACUUCAAGCCUUACAUCCCCGAGGAUUUUGCCAACUUUGAGGUGUACAACGCCAGCCUUGAGACCCAAGAGGGGGCUAUGUGUGUGCAGGUGUUAACAGGAGCACGGGCUGCGGAAAAAGAAGUGUCCCGUAGUCCCACAGCCAGCACAUGUACAAGUGGCUACUUCUCCCAUAGUGCCUCGAACGCCACGCUGUCUGAUGUACUCUUCAGUGGCAGCGAUAGUUGCGACCAGCUCAGCAUUAGAGAACCUCCAGACCCUCAGGAAGCACCGCAUGGAAGAGGGUUGCAUCCUUCCAGAAGUGCCUCGGGAUCCUGUCAAGCUCAGACUGUUCCCGCUCAGCCCUGUUCCCAUCACUGCACCGAUCGGGACUCUUCCCCUCGGCUUCCCCGCAAGUGUAUCCUGAGCGUCAGUCAAGAAUUCACAGACUUCAAGGGUGUAGAUGAUGGCGUAGGAGUAGAAGACCUCGGUAACAUCGGAUCAAAGGCGCAAUCCGUUCCCCCAGACUUUAAGGGUGUAGGUCAUAGCAUAAGAGAAGACCUCGGUAACAUCGGAUCAAAGGCGCAAUCCGUUCCCCCAGACUUCAAGGGUGUAGGUCACGGCAUACGAGAAGACCUUGGUAGCAUCGGAUGGAAGGCAGACUCGAUUCCCCAAGCCAAAACCCAAGGCAUGGAUCCCCCACCCCAGUGCCAUCUCCACAAUGGGAAAGAGUCUCCCAGUAUCCCAGUACCUCACGCCAAGCCACAGCUGGAAGCAACUCAAGGACUUGAGUCCUUUGAGGAUGCAGAGCCUUUGGCGGACUCUAGUGAGGACGAGAACGGACCGGUUGCUCAGUUGCCAGACUGGAUGGCCCCCGGUGAGCAAGUUUGGGUGGGCAAACGGAGUGGGACGGUGCAUUACGUUGGAGGGGUAGAGUUUGCCAAAGGCAUCUGGGUUGGAGUAGAGCUGGACCUUGCUGUAGGCAAGCACAACGGUACGGUCCAAGGAAGGGUGUACUUCCGGUGUGCUACAGGUCAUGGCGUCUUCGUGAAGCCAUCCUGUUUGACUCGAGGCCCUCCGUCCAUAGACACCGAACCUCAACCUGUGCUCCAGUAGGAGCAGGACAGUGAUCCAAUAGUUGGUAGAUGAUCUCUUCGACACCAGCACCAGCCACCGCCUGGACAAACCAAGUGCUAACAGAAUCCAUCCUUCUGAUUCGUUAGAGAUUUGUUGGUUUCCCUGAUUCUAUGGCAAUAAACCCUACCUGUGUGUUUUGUGUUGAAAUUAUAGGCCUAUUUCAGUAUCAUCUUUGAAUGUCGAGAGUUGCACAGUUGCACAAACUUGUUUUAUAUAUCAUGUAUAGCUGUAAUACUAACAUCCUUCUUGGUUACUUGGUUACCACUUCUUAUAUGACUAAAUCUAUUAAUCGAACAUUGCCUAACUCUACUUUGAGUGAGUUUGAGAUUUGGAUGCAUGUUCUAGGUAAGAAUGUACUACUGUUUAUGACCUUUAUGUUUGCGUGAUUAUAUCAGGUAUUACCAAAGACAUAGCCUUUCAAAUCUGCUGUGCAAACUUCUUAUGUAGAUUACUUUGACAAUGUGUUUUAUGCUUGUGUACUUUAAUAUGUGUUUGACUGAUUUAUGCUAAGUGCCAUAUUUCUGGUUGGAAGGCCACAUGCCCAUCAGAACUUCAAAAUUGUGGUCAAUUUUUUUUUUUGAUUUAAUGGUAUUUUGAUUGGAUGGCAAUCCAGUUGCUCGUACUCUGUUGCGUUACUGGAGCUGUCUGAACGCUUGCACUGGAGUAACUUAUCCUGGAUGCACACUAAGUUACGUAAUGCACAGACUUUUAUGCAUUCUCAGAUACUGAUUUGACGCUUCUCAGGAGGUUGAGGUCACCUAAUGCGGAGAGCACCUUGUUUUCUUUAUCAGACCCUUGCCGGUAGGGAGCGUUAUUGCAAAACGCAGAUAACCCGGUCUGCUUCGUACUGGCUACAGACAAGAAAUGCCCUAAAUUACUGACACAAGCCCUGUUCAUGAACGGGGUCUUUUUAGAUAGUCGACUUCUAGGUUCACCCGCCUAAUAAUGAAGCUUUUGAGCAUUUGAAUCCAUGUGUGUUUGACUGUUGAGUAAGAUUUUAUUAGUUUGUGAUACUAAAGCCAAUAUUAAUGUUUUUUAUAGGUAUAAAUGGGAGAUGGGCAAUAUCGGGGAAAUUGGGACAUAGCCUGAAUAAUGCUAGUAUGUUUAGUGCCAUGACCAGUGCUGUUAUUAUUGCUCUGUUUUACCUUAAGAACUGUGGAUCUCAUAAGAAGUGAAUACUAUUGCUGUCAAUGGAGACGGCAUAAUGAAAACCCAAGACCUUACUUAAAAGAAAACAAAGCUGCUCUCCUUGACAAGGAGCUGUACAUAAAAUGUAUGAACAUAGUAUUUACAAUAUUAUAAAAUGUACAGAAUUGUAUUUAUAUUGUAUCUCUGCAGAUGUUGCUACAAAGAUGUUGUAGAAUACAGAACGUU